AUAUAACAAACCCAAUGGAGAUCCUCAACACUGAAAACAUAACUAACCUCACAGUUAGGAAUUUCCUGGAAGAAAAAUUAUUCCCAAAUCUACGUAAAUCCCUUCAGGAAUUAGUCAACGCAAUUCACGACAACGGGGACCUGGACAUGUACUGGGAGCAAGUCGAAAAGAAAAACGAGGAAGCGAGACGAGCAGCCAGAAGGCUUGAGAAGGAACGGAAGAGACUGGAGAUGGGGUCUGACUAUGAAGACUCUAGUUCUCAAGGGGAUGAUUCUUUGUUGGAAGGGGAGAUUGAGGAAGGAGAAUAUGAGGAAGAGGAAGAUGAGGAGGAGGAAGAAGAGGAGUCUGAGUUUGAUAGGAAUGAUGGAGUAGAUGAAGGAAUUAGAGAAGAAAGAAUGAGAAGAGUUAAAAAGAAGAAAAAGGAAAAUCCUCAGCCGGUUUUUAAAUUCGAUGCUGUGAGAUUCUUGGCAAGAGUGUUGAAGAAUCUUGAAGACAAUGGAGAGAUACCAGAAAGACAGAUUUGGAAGAAGCCUGGAGCUGAAGACUCAGCUGAGAAGGCUAAGUAACGAAAUGGGGAUCUUAAUAUUCAAAUCGAACAUCUAUAAUCUUUA